AUGGAGCUGAAAGAGGAAUGGCAGGAUGAGGAGUUUCCCAGACCCCUCCCCGAGGAGACCAUUCCAGAGGAUGAUGUGGAUUUAAAAGAAGAGGACCUCUCGGGCCCCGCCAGCACCCUGGACCUGUGUGGGAAUCGCCACGUGAAGAGGCGCCUGUCGGCCCCGGAGAUCAGCUUCAACCUGGAGAACAGUCAGGAUUCCUCCUGCGAAAUCCGCAACCAGACCACCGACGAGGAUCUCGACUUUGACAUCGACGAUCUGGAGACGCCGACCAGCAGUGAGAUCUCGGAAUUUGCUAGUAUGAGCCACGAGUAUGAGUGGGAUGGUUUCCCUCCGACAGAUGACUUGCCGAAGGUGAAUGGAGCCCAGGAGCACCCCCCCACCGAGACCCUGGUGACCGACAUGGAGGACCACAGCGGGCGGAGGUGGCGGAUCUUCCUCAUGGGGCAGCACAAGGUGGACAUGACCGCUAUAGAACCGUACAGGAAGGUCGUCUCCCACGGAGGCUAUUCUGGUGACAGUUUGAACGCAAUCGUUGUUUUUGCGUCAUGUUACCUGCCGGAGAGCCGCGUUCCCGGAUACCAAUACAUCAUGGACAAUCUGUUCAGGUACAUCAUCGGGACGCUGGAUUUGAUGGUCGUUGAGGAUUACACGCUCAUCUACCUGAACGGAUGCACGCCGCGGAGCAAAGUCCCGCCCAUCGGUUGGAUCAAGCGCUGCUACCAGGCCACCGGGAGGCGGUUAAAGAAGAACCUGAAGUCGGUGUUGAUCGUUCACCCCACGUGGUACGUGAGAGCCCUGCUGGCCAUCGUCCGGCCCUUCAUCAGGUUAGCUCCUUUUUUUUGGUCCUUCAUCCACCCAUCUGUUAUGUCAUGUGACCGCACAGCCCGUGCAGGAGCACGGUCGGGGAGUGACACCAAAGCUGCACAUAGGAGCUUCAAGGAGAAGCUACCGAGAUACCGUUGGCUUUUCCUUCACCGCCUAGUAAAUCACUUGCUUGUCGGAAGCAUGCGGCCAGUGAAGUGUUGGGAAACCUGA